AUGAAAACUUUUACCACACUGGCUACACUGGUAAUUUCGUCGGCUUUCACACGCGCAGCACCAUUCGACCACGCUGAAUGGGUCAAUCCUGACUACAUUGCUCGAAUGUCUAUUCAUGAAUCCUGCAACGCAACUCAGACCAUUCAGCUCGAGAAAGCACUCGAUGAUUUUGAAAGAUUUUCACACAAUGCUCAAUCAUACCUCCAGAGAGCAGGAACAGAAGAUGAGUUGAUUGACAAAUACUUCGGCUCCUCCUCAAAUCCAGAGAAUCAACCCGUUGCAGCUGGGAUAUUUGCCAGUCUUUCCGAUGGAGAUAAAGCUGGUGCUUCGCUUCGAUGCGACGAUCCCGAUGGACUUUGCGCCCUGUACGACGGCUACUAUGCAGGACAUCACAGAGGUACCAAUGGCACUCUUGAAACUGUCAUUUGCGAUCUAAGCUACGAGACCCGCAAACCAAUAGAGCAAGUUUGUGCUUUAGGUCACCUCGUUCCAGAUGAUCAAGCCGGUAAAUUCUGGGGCAUUGACCUUAUACAUCGCUUUUCACACUUGCCGAUAGUUGCUGGUGGAUCUGUUGGCCAUGCAGCAGAUGAAUAUGAGACACUGAUCGAUUUAGCAAAGAAUAAUGCAAGUGAAGCUGCUUGGAAUAUGAAGACGCUGCAGUAUUUCGCUUUAGAUGCGUGGGCUCACACCUUCGCUGUCCCGGGUGUUGGGUGCGACGAGUACGCAGAUUCAGCUGAUCAGUCUAAGUCUACACCAACACCGACACCAGAACCCGAGCCAUCGCCUACCGAUGACGCUCCGUUGCUCUGUCAUACCCACGCUAAUGGAGAAGAACACUGCACCACCGCCGAGUAG